GAGAAAACACAAGGCAUGAGCAUAUAAUAUGUAUGGAAUGGUGUUCACUGUCUCCAACUUGUAAUAGAAAACCUGUCUGUCCCUCUAAAGUGGUGUUUUGUGCACCCAACACAACAUUACACCCUCUCGGUUAUGUAAACGAGGUUUUCUCACUAUCAUAUCAUAAUAUUAUGUGUUUUCGUCUCUUCUCUUUGUUUUUUUCUUCAUGAUUUCAGGGUCAUAUUCCAUUCUUUCUUUUUACCUAUAUUUCUCCACACAAAAAACAGAAAAAUCUCUUUUUUCCAUUUAAUUCCAAUAAAUUUCCCAUUUUUUCGCUCUCCCUUUGACGUCAGCUACCACAACUCGGAUGCUUCACUUUCUCAAGAUAGAUUGAGCAUCCUACUCGGUUGCCUCUUUAUAUUUUCUUCUUUAAAUUUUGAUUAUUUGUUAACUGAAUCAUAAGUGUAAUUGGAAUGGAAGGUGAUAUAUUUGGAGAUAUAGGUAACACAACUCAAGUAGAUAGCAGACUUUUACAGGUAUUUCAGAAGAGCUUAUUGCAAGCCCAAGAUAUUUUGAAUCAGAACCGGCUGCUAAUCAAUGAGAUAAACCAAAAUCACGAGUCCAAGAUGCCUGAUAAUCUGAAUCGUAAUGUGGGUUUGAUUAGAGAGCUCAACAGCAAUAUCAGAAGGGUGGUUGAUCUCUAUGCUGAUCUUUCAAGUUCUUUUACCAAGUCCAGGGAGGCUUCAUCUGAAGGGGACUCCAGUGGGACUCUGAAGUCUGAUGGAAAAGUCAACCAGAAGAGAAUUAGAUCCAGCUAAUCCAUUGAAUUUGAGCUUUCAUAUAAAGCACUGCAAUCAAGAAGUUUAUUCUGAUGCUGGAAAUAAUUUGUUUGGUGAGACUGUGUAUAACUCCUCCAAAGUUUUUUUUAUGCCAAGUCUUCUAUAUUAAUUUCAUGUCUAGAAGGCAUAGAGCUUUAGUUAAUCAUCUAAUCUAUUAAAGUAGCAUCAAUUUGAGAAAUGUACAACUGUGAUUUCCUAUAAAACUGUUAGAACCAUGAAAUGAAGGCAUGUUCAUGGACCAUUUAAUCCAGUUUCCAAGCUUGAACAUCUUAGAUCUUAUUGAUAUUUAAUUGCAAGUUC